AUGCUGACAGGUAGGAUGAAGACAAAGAAGAUCACAGUACUAAUAUUACCAAUAGAGUACAAAGGUCAGUUCUAUUCGAUAUCAAUUUACCCGGCCGCAGCUAUUAACCAUCGCGUCGCGCCGUACCGUCAGCGCGCCCUACACUUUUGUGUGAGUAGACGACGAACAUUAUCGUGCGAUCUAGGAGCGGAGAUGCUCCUCAUAAUGCGUCCAGAUAAACCGGCAUUGUGUCGUGUGUUCUAUAAUAAGAAGAAUAUUCCAUGA